CCCUUUAACAACCUUCGUUAAAUACUUUUCAUAAACCAUCAAACAUGAGAUCUAAUCUCACCCUCAAACCACUUAAAAAAAAACAAUCAGGACUUUCAGCAGGUCUCUCUUCUUCCACUUUUCUUGUUGUAAGCAUACAAAACCCCCCAUCUUUUACUGUUCUUUGUUUUUCUUGCUCAUAUGGUCAAUGGUCAUUGUCUUUUAAGUUUGAUCAUGAUAUUAUCAUUAUUAUCAUCAUAUUGUUUUCAUUGCUUUGUAAAGGAAAUCAAUCCUUUUUGUGCUCCUUUGUUCCAGCUUACAAUAUCCUCAACUUUCUGAUCUUGCUUAUCUUUUUCUUGAUUUCAACCGUGUUGAGGACCUUUAGAGUAAAGAUUUUAUCUUUCUACUUUCUCUUCUGGUUGCAGCUUAAGCAAUGUGCUUUGCUCACAUUUGUUACAACCCAUCAGUUCUUGAAUCAAGUUGUGUCACUUUCAUUAAUAACAUUGGCACAUUUUUUGAGUUUCUCAGAAAACUGGGUUCGGAUUGGAAAUUAUGAUUAAAGAUUUCAUCUUUCUUAGUUUCUCUUUUCUAUGGAAGCUUAAGCAUUGUGAUAUGUUCAUGUCAUAUUGCAAGUCCUCAAUUCUUGAGUGGAGUUGUAACAUUUUGUUUUCUCUCAAAGGAGCGAGUCAAGAUGUAAUAGUAAAGCAUUCACUUUGACCCACUUUUUUUUUCUGGUACAGAAAAUUGAAUUGGGAUUUGGUAUCCAUGUUUAGUUUUACAGUGAAGACGACAAGUUGGUGUAACUAGUGGAGUUUUUCUACUGCUGCAAUUGUAAAAAUGGAGUCUUUGAACUAUGCUUUUGAAGAAAAAGGUUUUCAUUGUUCUGAUGAGUUACCUGUAGAUUCCUUAUCAAGAACUAGAAGUCUUCUUAACGAAUUCAGCUUAAACCCUUUCUCUGAUCAUCAUGAAGGAGAAGAGUUCAUAGAGUCUGGUUUGGCAGAAAUGCUACAGAGAUCCAAAACUGAUAAUGAUCUUAGGCAAACAGCACUUUGCACUGGUGAUGCUAAUCCCGUGUUCAUUGACUCAAAGUCAUGCUCAGAUAUGGCUCCAAAGAAACGAAUGAAUCCAAAGAAGAUGGUAAUGAAUGAUUCCAAAGAAGGGAAAAGGGCUCGAGUCACUAAUUUUAGUGCCAAACAAGUCCUUAUUUGUCAAGUUGAUGGAUGUGACCGGGACCUGAGUUCUUCUAAAGACUAUCACAAGAGGCAUAAAGUGUGUGAUGAGCACUCUAAAACGGCCAAAGUCAUUGUUAAUGGCAUCGAGCAGCGAUUUUGCCAGCAAUGUAGCAGGUUUCAUUUGCUAGCAGAAUUUGACGAGGAUAAAAGAAGCUGUCGCAAGCGCCUUGCAGGCCACAAUGAGCGUAGACGAAAGCCUCUGCGCGAAUCUCAUUGGGAUAUUGCAGGGCCAAGGCUCUUAAAUUUAACUGCAGAAAAGACUGUCUCAUUUUUGU